AUGAUAAAGGAUUAUGGGCGGACUGACAACUCAUGGGGCCCCUGAAAUACAGUAUAUAACAUCCUGAACAGGGACGGACUGACAACUCAUGGGGCCCCCGGGCAAUAGGGGAUCAUGGGGCCCCCGUGUCCUUACCCAAACUCAAAAAGCCUAUGAAAAAGGUACCAGGGGCAUUUCAUUGGGCCCCCUACUGACCCCGGGCCCUCGGGCAGUGCCCGAGUGCUCGAAUGGUCAGUCCGCCCCU